AGUCGUUAGUUCGCUCUUAGCGCUCAUCUUGCGAGGGUCCAAUGCCAAUGUUGAUCCUCAAUAUAUAUUGUGAUUGAAUAUUAUUCAAAAAAAAUAUACAACGUGAAUAGUUUUUUUGAAACUUUUAAAUUUUUAUUAAAACACGCAAAUAACGUUUUAAUUAAUUCAAAAAAAAAACAACAACAACAAUAACAAAUUUGACAAUUUAUUUUCCUUUCAAUUUCAAACAUUGAGUUAGUUUAUUUUUUAUUUGAAAGUAAAAGUAUACAAUUACGAACUUUAAAAUAUCUGAUUUGUUAUUUAAAUAAAAAAGUAAAUAUUUUACAAGGACAAUUCGUGUUUUAAUGACUUGAAUGAAUUUUGGCAUCUAAAGAUUUUCGUAAAAUCUGACAAGUGUUGAAAAAAAUAUCCUGUUAAAUUCAAUUGUUAUUAUUUUUUCUCUCGUUAAUAUAAACUGGCAAUUUGUGUGAAUAUUUAUGUGAAAUUAUAUUGUUGAGAAAAAAUAUUUUUGUGAACAAAAAGCAAAGAUAGACAAAGCAAAAAAAAAAAAAAAAGAGAAAAAAUAAUUUGACAGGAAGUGUGACGUGAGAUAAACGUGGUAAUUAACCCAGUGACGAACAGAGAUUUUGUGAUAGAACAAAAAUUAUAAAACAAAAUAAUUAUAAGGAAAAAAAAAAAUAAAUAAAAAAACCCAGAUAAAAGAACUUUGGUCCAGAGGAACUUUGCAGUUAUUAUCGUAUAAUUGCGUCAUGUGUUAACAUCGUCUUGGCACUAUUUCUUUCUUCCUCUCUGAUCGUUUAGAGCACGCUCGUCAUUCUCCUACGUUUUAAAAUAAAAAAAAAAAAUAUAAAAAAUUUAUCUGCUGAAUUAUAAUCGGCAUAUUUUUUUUUUUAUAAAUCAAAAUAAUAACAUAUUUUGUUGUUAUAUUUUGCGUGCUGUUUGUCAUUCUGUUUUUGUUAUCCCUCUUAUUUUACCAAAUCAAAAGCCACCCACCUAUCAGUCCACCCGCUUACCUCUCCACGUCGCGCGUGUGUUUGUCUCUGUAUUGGACACUUUGGGCGAUAGAGAACGCGAACGAAGCCGGCAAUUUUCCACGCGGUGCCAGGCCUCAAUAUGUCAGCCAAGCGAAAGGCCACUGCCAUCAUGCAGCACCACAAGGAAAACAUUUCCACUCCGGAGCCUGCUGAUAUUUCUGAAGAUGAUCAUUACUCCAGCGCGCUUAUGAAAGAUGCUGAUAAACUGAAGUUGAUGCUACUAGCAUGGAAUUAUAAUCUACAACAGCAGGCACAGGCACAAGCCGCAACUGCUGCAUUAUCACCGAAUAAUUCUUCAACAACUACAGCUACUACCAUUGGCACACCUGUUACCAGUCAAUCAGCCAUAUGCACAUCAAACAAUACAAUUAACAACUCCACACUUACAGAUUCACGAAAUGGUACAACAGAAAUGGGUGAACUAUCAUCAGGUGGUGGACAAACAUUGGGAUCAGUUGCUGGUAUGGGAAGUGAAGAUAUGGCAUCACUUUGGGCAUCAUAUACAAUGGGAUUAAAGAAAACACCACCACCAACAUCAUCAUCAUGUACACCAUCACGUUCUGAUCGUGAUAGAGAAUCAAGUCCAACUGGUGGUGAAGGUACUGGAAGUGCACACGAUGAAACAAGUAGCAGUGGUAACAAGGAGGACGAGGAUGAUGAUGAUGAAGAUGCAGAUGAAAGACUUGAUCCAAGACAUCAUGAUCCAGAACGUCUCAAGGCUUUCAACAUGUUCGUCAGGCUCUUCGUCGACGAGAACCUUGAUCGUAUUGUACCAAUUUCAAAGCAACCGAAGGAGAAAAUUCAAGCAAUAAUCGACAGUUGUACAAGACAAUUUCCGGAGUUUGCUGAACGUGCGAGAAAACGUAUUAGAACAUACCUCAAAAGUUGUAGGAGAAAUAAGAGAGGUAGAGAAGGUGCUCCUUGGGACGCAGCAAGACCAACGCCGGCUCAUUUGACCUCGGUACAAGCUGAACAGAUUUUGGCAACGGCUUGUGAAAACGAGAGCGACAACGCAAAACGCAUGAGACUUGGUCUUGAGCCUGUCUCACAGCCAAUGCCAACAUUGCCAGCAGCAACGCAAACUGAUGUACGUGCUAAUUUGGAUCAUUUUUCAAGUACACCAAUAAAAUCACUACCAGGAAAGCGAGAAGAUACACCACCAACAUCGUUAUCAUCUCUUGCACCUCUAACAAGUUUGGCUAAUUUACCAAACAGUACACUUGCAUCAACCCCCUUGUCUCUCACACCCACUUCUAAACUACUAACACCAUCUGACAAUAACAAGGCUCUCAUGAGUCAAGCAACGAUAGUAAGUUCAUCAUCAGUUAAUGGAGUUGGUAGUGGUGGUGCACCAGCAGCAAUGUACAGGCCAAAUUUUAGUCAAGCAUUUCAACGUUCUGGACCAACAACGGUACCUCCAACUCUAUCAGCAGGACUUUAUCCCACCCAGAGUUUUACCUCGGGUCUACUGAGCAACGGUACACAAAGACCAACGGAUUUGAGUAUGAAAAAUACAAAACCACUACUCAGUCAUAAGUUGAAUGCAACAGAAAUGACAGCUGUGAGACAACUUAUUACUGGAUAUCGAGAAUCAGCAGCAUUUUUACUUAGAUCUGCUGAUGAACUCGAACAACUGUUGCUUCAACAGCCAUAAAAUUAUAUAUAGAUUUUAUCGUCCCAGAAAUCAAUGCUGUAGACAUGGAUUUCUUUAUAUAAUCAUAUACACAGUCAAAACAGAGUGAAAAACAGUAGAAUAUAAAAUUCAAUAUAAAUAUUUAUUUCAAUUGAUUUUUUUUUUACAACCAACAGUUGGUUGAAUAACUCAUUUUUAUCAAUAGCUAAAAAAUGAGCUUUUACUGAUUUUGUGAGUCACUGUUUUGCCAGCCGUUGCAGUGCUUUCAGCAGCUCAACACCAAAUCAACUUUUUAUUGAUCAACGAAUUUAAUUUUUUUUUUUUUUAAACAAGAAAUAAACAAUUUACUGUUUGAUAAUAUUGUUUUUUAUUUUUUUUAAUUUUCUUAUUAACUUAAGCUUUGAUGUAAAAUUAAUUGCAAUGUGAAUGAAAAAUUAAUAUUAUUAUUGUAUGAAAAAACAACUGUGUUUAAAUGAACCGUGGGAUUUUUGAAUUAAGAAAAUUAUAUUCAAAAAAACAGGGUGUAUAUAAAGAAAAAAAAAAUAUGAAUAUUUACUUAAUUAUUGUUAAGUAUAUUAGGUAUGAGGAUAUAUAUUAAAAUUAAAAAUGAAAAAUAAAAGAAAAAAGAACAAAAAAAAAAAAUGAUAAAUAUAUAUGUUAUUUGAGUGUGACAUAUUGGAUCGUCUGUAUUAAAAAUGAGAUAAAAUAUUCAAAGAAAUUAAAGGUUAUUAAUAGCAGUGAAUUUUCACUAAUUUAUUAAAGAUUUUAAUUGUUUUUUUUUUUUUUUUUUAAAUGUAUUUCAUUCAGUACAAUUUACUGAAACAAUACUUAGAUAUUUUUUAAAUGAUUAUUUUAUUGUUUAAUUUUUAUUAUGACCAUUAUAUUUUAUUAUAAAUAUUUAACUAUUGAAUCUCUUUCGAAUUUAAUGAAAAAGAUAAUUAUUAUUAUAUUAUUAUUUUUUUUUAAAACUAGAACUUCUUUAAUAAAUUAAAUUGUCAAGCCAAAUUUCUCAUUGAGGUGUCUAGUUGUUUAAAUACAACGAAAUUUAUUCGUUAAAAAUAAAAACUAUAAAAAUUAAAUAACUAAAUGUUUCUUUUUUUUUUUAUUUUUUUUAAAAUUAAACAACCGGUCCAAAGUGUGAUUGAAUUAUCAUUGAUUAAUGGUAAAAAUGUGCGAAUGCUAAUAAAAGAAAAACUAACAAAAAAAAUUGUACGAAUUACUCGCGAUAUAAUU